GGAAUGUCAACAAGUACCCUAUGGAUCGUCUGUUAAGGUUGGAACUUUAUAAAGCUUUACUAAUGCCCCGUUUGUUUCUACAGGAAAAUAUUUUCAAUUGGAAAUGGUUUUCCAUGCAAAACAAUUUCAAUGGAAAAUGAUUUUCCAUCGAAAACAAUUUUCAAGGCAAAACGCAAUUGUAAAAUCAUUUUUCUUUGUUUGAUUCCUUACAAGAAAAGUUACAGAAAGAAAGGAAAUGAAGGUGAGAAGGAGAGGAUGGAUGGAAGGAGAAUAGAAAAGUGCAAGGGAGUAGAGAGGAAAAUGCGGCAUUCCAAGGAAGAUGUUUUCCACCUUGGGAAAAUUGUUUUCAACCUUUGGGGAAAUUAUUUCCACCCCUUAACCUAAAAAUAAAAAACAAAGGAGAAUGGAAUAUCAUUUUCUGGAACAAUGUUUUCCGUCAAGCAAAUAGAGCUGAAAGGUUAAUUAGAAGGAUAACAUAAAUAAAGAAGUAUUGGAGUGGGAUAUGAGACCUUACCUUGGACUAAAUCACUAAACAUCAACAACAAUGGAGCUUGCAAAUAAGAAUCAGGGGUAUUUCCUGGCAUGAGCAUGACAUCAUUAAAUAGUGUCCUUUCGCAAGGAAUGAAUCCCAAGAAAAAGCAUGAAGUUGAGGUUUUGUCUUCGGUUGUUAGUUGUAUAACAAGAAAAAUAGGAGCUCAGACAGUGAUUGAUGUUGGUGCUGGUCAGGGGUACCUUAGUCUGGUUCUUGCCUUUCAAUACCAGCUACCUGUGGUUGCCAUCGAUGCUUCUUCUCACCAUGGAAUUGUUACAAACGUACGUGCAGAGAGAAUCAAGAAGCACUAUGCGGCUAAGCUACGUAAUUCUGGAUCAGCAAGGGGCCAACCAAAAAUGCCUACGACGAUGACAUGCCAUGUACUGUCUUCGUCCAUGCUGAGAAGCUUUAGCAACUACUGCUGCCAGCAAGAUGAAUUUGAUAAAAAAGAACACAACGGAAAAAGCUCUAAGAAUACUUCUUCAAGAUUUGAAAUUGCAGACCAACUUCUAUCCAGUGCUGCUGAUUCUGAUAAUGGAUCAUCGCUGCUUCUUGCUGGUCUUCAUGCUUGCGGUGAUUUAUCAGUGACUAUGCUGAGGGCAUUUGCAGAAUGCAAGGAAGUGAAGGCAGUGAUUAGUAUAGGUUGUUGCUACAACUUACUGUCAGAAAAUGGAUGUGAAGACAGUACUUUGAACUGCGGUUUUCCUGUGAGCAAGGAGGUUAAACACAUGGAUAUUUCACUUGGUAAAAAUGCACGUGAUCUCGCUUGCCAGAGUGCUGAAAGAUGGCGGAGUCUGGAGAAGGACGCUGGUAUUCAAAAUUUUGGUUUGCACGGAUUCCGCGCUAUCUUUCAGAUGGUCCUUGAUCGAUAUUAUCCAGAAGUUCUUUUAACAAGUCCUUCAAUAGGUCGUCAAGGGAAAGCGUUAUGUCGCCAGCAGAAAAAGAGUUAUCCUUGUUCUUUAGAUUCUUCAGAAAAUGAAAUAUCCAAAACAACUGUGGAGAUGGACUCUUCAACUGAUGGAUUUCAAUGCAGUGUUGCUGACAGAAGUGGGAGUUGGGUUGAUAAGUAUACUCUUUUUGAAAAGUUUAGCUACUCGGGUCUCCGCCACCUUGGCAUUGAGCCUCCGCAGGAUAUGGAUUUGGAUGGACUUUGGAGGGAAUGUCAGCCUUCUGUUGGGAUUAUAGGGCCUUACUGGUCUUUGCGUGCCGCUCUGGGGCCUGUCUUUGAAACACUCAUACUGCUGGAUAGACUGUUGUUCCUGCAGGAGCAAGAAAGCGUUGAAGUUUUCAUGUUACCUAUUUUCGAUCCUGUUUUGUCACCAAGGAAUCUGGCAAUUAUUGCUCAAAAGAGUUCAACCUAGCACAAAUAUGGUGGUAUAAGUUGAUCCAACCAUUUUGGAGUAUUGUUCCUUCUACUAAUAUUUUUGUACUUGUUCAUUUUAGCACUGUAUCUUUUUCCUUCUACAUAGAUAUCUCUGUAUACACAAAUUUCAAAUUUGCAAAUAAGAGAGUCAAAAUAUGGGAUAAAAUAAUGAUUUAUUGAUAUUA